CGUGCACUUAAUCUAUUACAGAUAGCAUUUCUCGAAUUCUAAUUUUCGUUUUUAAAUAACAGAAAAAACCCAUUUCCAAUCAAUUAGCCCGCACCCUGUCUCCAUUUCUUUUGCGAUUAUGAAAAAGCUUGGAUUCAAUUAAGCCGAUAUAAAAUGUGAUUUCAAAUUGGCACUGAUUGAAAAGAAGACGACUGGAGAGGAACCCUUCUCCCCUCUUUCUACAAUUCUACUAUCCCUUUCGUAUCCAGAGAUUUCUUGGAGUAUAUCUCAAUGUUUACUUCUAAUGCUACCCGUGAAUUCUACAAAAAAAUCCGGCCUUACUUUCGUUGGCUUAUUAGUACUACCAAGCCUUUUAGCUCUGAAAGAAUCAUUAAACAGAAAAAACCCAUCAAGAAAACCCAUCAAAAAAAUAAGAAAUCUCCGAAAUUAUCAGCCAGGAAAGAAAAUGUAGACCCUAUAGUUUAUAUGAGAGAAAUAAUUGCAAAUGUAUACAAUGUUUUGAAGUAUUCUACUUGGGAUUCUGCUCAAGAGCAGUUGGAAAAUCUCUCUAUCAAAUGGGAUUCUUACACUGUCAACCAAGUUCUCAAGACUCAUCCUCCAAUGGAAAAGGCCUGGCUGUUUUUCAAUUGGGCUUCAGGGAGGAAAAACUUUAAGCACGAUCAAUAUACUUAUACUACAAUGCUGGAUAUUUUUGGGGAAGCUAGGAGGAUUUCAUCAAUGAAGUAUGUCUUUCAGCAAAUGCAAGAGAAAGGGAUUAAGAUUGAUGUAGUUACUUACACUUCUCUAUUGCAUUGGAUGUCCAAUGAUGGGGAUGUUGAUGGGGCGGUUAAGUUGUGGGAGGAAAUGAAACUUAAAGGGUGUCGUCCAACAGUUGUUUCAUACACUGCAUACAUGAAGAUUUUGUUUGAUCACAAAAGAGCGAAGGAGGCCACUGAGGUGUACAAGGAAAUGCUUCAGUCUGGCUUGUCCCCCAAUUGUUACACGUACACGGUCUUAAUGGAGCACCUUGCUUGCUCUAGAAAAUUUAAUGAAGCUCUGGAGGUAUUUAACAAAAUGCAAGAGGCUGGUGUACAACCUGACAAGGCUGCUUGCAAUAUUUUGGUUGAGAUAUGCUGCAGAAAUGGGGAGACAUGGGCAAUGAUGAAAAUUCUUCAAUACAUGAAGGAAAAUUUCCUUGUCCUACGGUAUCCUGUAUACCAAAAAGCACUUGAAACUUUUAAAAUGGCUGGUGAAAGUUGUGAGAUUCUUAAGCAAGUUAAUCGGCACUUCGUUAUAGAACAUUUCAAGGAGGAAAAGACUGAUAACUUUGGUGAAACAGCUAGUGGUAAUCGUUCCAAUGCGGAUAAUGGAUUAGUGUUAAAUUUAAUCAAUAAGCGGAAUCUUGUUGCUGUUGACUAUUUACUUGCUGACACGAUGGACAAGGGUGUGCCAUUAGACUCCAAGAUAAUCUCAACGAUUAUUGAGCUAAACAGUGCUAAUGGUAGACGGAAUAAUGCUUUAUUUGCAUUUGAAUAUGGUAUGAAGUUUGGGUUAAAUAUUGAUAGAAUUGCAUAUAUUGCCUUAAUAGGCUUAUCCAUAAGAACAAAUUCAUUUUCAAAAGUUGUGGAGAUUGUCGGGGAAAUGGUUAGGGAAGGUCAUUCUCUCGGAACACAACAAAGUGCUCUUCUUAUAUAUCAUCUUGGCUGCAACAGAGAUCCUGUUUCUGCUGCAAAAAUAUUUAGUGUAUUGCCCGAGGGAGAGAAAAACAUUGCUACGUAUACUGCCCUAAUUGGUGCCUACUUCUCUUCUGGAAAUGUUAACAAGGGACUUGAAACCCUCCAAAUUAUGAAAAGUGUAGGCAUUAAUGUUGCAUUAGGAACAUAUUGCGUUGUUGUUGGUGGUCUUGAAAAAUGUAGUAGAGUUUCUGAGUUGGAGUUUUAUCGGAAGGAAAAGAAGAGAAUGCAAGCUGAGAGCAAUUUUCAAGCCGUUUCAUUAGAGGAAACCAUAUGCAAUUUCCUAUUUGCUGGAGAUUCUGUGGUUCGACUUACUAGAUAGGUCGGUUCGUAGGCAUGGUUUCUACAAUCCACAGGAUGUGGCAGUGCAAAUUAAGGAUUUGAUUAUAUGCCCUGCAUGGGGCUUAUUGCUCCUUAAUCAUAAGUCUCAUCAAUUCGCUCAGAUGCUUGAGGAAGCUCUUAAAAAGUGGUGCUGGAUUUCACUGUUUUGCAUGUUGUACCUUUUUGGCUUAGAAGGUGUUCUUGAUGCUAUAUAUUUCUACAACACAGAGGGCAGUUUCCACAUAAUGUAGCCGAAUUAUAGUAUGGGCAGUGGCUACUAAUUUGCCAUUCAGUUUUGCUCUUUUCAUAUUUUAGAAAUGUGCCUUUCAGUAAUUUAGGAGGAUGUAAGGUACUGUCUUUACUUUUCUUUUUCUAUAGACAGAAGAAAUUUAUUGAUAGGAGGAGAAAGGUACACCUGGAGCACAUGUGGAUCGGAUGAGUAGUUGAAAUAAAAAUAAAGAUAUAGCUAAAGGAGGAUUCAAGAAAUAUCUGGGAUCUUCUGUUCUUAAAAUGAUAAGGUUUUGGUCAAUUAAAUAGACCAAGCGACACCCCCGUUUUAGCUUCUGGAAAUUUUACCAUCCUUAUUGCCUUCUAAGCCCUGGAAUUUCGAAAGGAAGAAGUAUUUGAAAGAAGCAGCUAGUCUAGAAGUCUCUCCAAAAAUAGCAAACUCUCUGCGAGUACGAAGUGAAAGUGCAGUGCUAGAAAAUCUCUGAUGUCAUUUUUAUGCCAUUCUUUCCGGUAUACCUGAUACAUGGGGAGCUGUAGUCGCACAUUGCUUUUGCCAAGUCAUGACAUGACAAGUACAUCAUGUAAUAAGGCUGUAGGAGGUCUAUGCAAGUGCAACUGAUCAGCGUUUAUCUUCACAAAGAUCAGAAACCACAAAAAGGUCCUUUACUUGGAAGUAUCCUUGUGCCUCCGAAUAAACUAUGAGUGCGGCUGGUUUGAUGAGGGAAAUGGUCAAUCGAUUAAAGGCAAGAGUGAGCUUUUCUUCCAAGCAUUAACAUUUCUUAGGCACACCCCAAUCUGGGUUUCUAUUGCUCAAGCUUUCUUCUCGAUUGUUAUACUUGUGAUUUUCAGGAUUAAAAUAUGCAUUUCUAUAAAUUUAAGCAUGCCUAUCACUUAACUUAGCAUAUGCUAGGGUUCUAAUAAUCGACCAUGAAAUUGUAAAGCUGUGUAGUGAUACGACUGUGACUGCUACUGCUAGAAUUCCUUUCUAGCCGACCGUUGGCUGAACUCGAAGCUGCUCUCAUUCCCCUUGAUAACCCUUUUUGUGUCUGGAUAUGUACUUCUAUUAGAGUAGUACUAGCUAACAAAUGCAUUCAAUGUUUAUAACAGAUAUAUUUACACCACUUUUAUAUCUAAUAAAAUGGUGCAGCAGUGGUCUCUCACUUGGUCUCAAACUGAAGUGAUUGUCUCACUUGAUUUAGACGAUUGAUUGCGAAAUAGGUACAAAUGCCUAAAUAGGCAUCGAUGGUUUCUCCAUGAGGAUUUUCGACCAUGAAAGAAAGGAGUGUGAAGUUUGCUAGGAAGAUCAUUGAUUCUAUAUAAUUCACACCUGCCACUCUGGGGUGUUGGUGGUUAAUGUAGAUGAAGAGUAGCUGAAGCCUGAUUAGAAUUGUAUCUUUUUUUGUCAACGGGAGCCUUUUUAUCCUUUUAGAUUCUGCUAUAUUCUUGUAGUGUGUGGACUCUUUGGAUGGACAAAAUGACAAAAAAUUCAUGUUUUUCC